AUGGAUUCUUUUCCCUUUUUACUUGUUGGGUUCCUUGUUUUAUCGUGUGGGGAGUUUGCAGAGAGUGACUUCGUGGUGGAAAAAAAUGAGCUUUGGGGGCUUUUCGAUGUCAUAGGCUCACUUGUAGAUGAACCCGGUUGGGCCGAACUGCACCCUGAGCCAUGCAGCAACACACCAUGGCCUGGAAUCGAAUGCGAGAUCGGUCAAGACGAAGAUCCUCAUAAUUUUCACGUUACAAGCAUUCACGUCGGCCCUGAUGUUUCCUCCCCACCGUGUAAAUCAUCUGCAAAGAUAUCAGAUUCUUUGCUCAAACUACCUUACCUCAAAUCCCUCUCCAUUUUCAACUGUUUUGUGACAUCAACGGAUUUGCUGUCUCCUACGUUGUUUGGUUCGCUUUCUUCCUUGGAGCAUCUGUCACUUCAAUCAAAUCCAUCUCUAUCCGGUCAAGUCCCUCCAACCUUGGGGAAUCUUUCAAAGCUAAGGAUCUCAACUUUGUCACAGAACAAUCUAACUGGUGAGAUCCCACAAGAGCUUGGCGGUUUAGUCAAUUUGGAGCAACUUGACCUGAGUUACAACAAUCUAACCGGUGAAAUCCCACCGGAGCUUGGGAAACUAAAAUGUUUAGCCAUUAUGGACUUGAGGUCAAAUGGCCUUGGUGGGGUGGUGCCAUUUGGUUUAGCUCAGCUUCAUCUUCUUCAAAAGUUUGAUUUGUGCUCAAACAGGAUCCAUGGGAAGAUACCACCAGAGAUAGGGAAGCUAAACAUUUUGGUUUUGCUUGAUUUGAGCCAUAACUUCAUAAAUGGUCCAAUCCCUGAGACACUGUCCGGGUUAGAGCACAUACAGUACUUGAUAGUUUAUUCAAAUCCCAUAAAUUCAUUGAUUCCCUCAUUUCUUGGGUCCCUCAAGAGCCUUACCUCAAUCAGCUUCUCGGGAUGUGGGUUAACAGGCCCAAUACCGAACUCCUUGUCUGCUGCAUUGAACAACUUCACGGCUCUUUCACUAGACAACAACAGACUCAAUGGCACAAUCCCUUCAAAUCUGGGGUACCUUCCAAAUCUAGACCAGCUUAAUCUCAGCCACAACAAGCUAACUGGGGAACUGCCCUUCUCAAUGGAUUUCAUCAACAGACUUGGUGAAAGGCUUGAUGUUAGAGGCAACAGUGGGCUAUGCACAAGCUACAACUUGGCUACCAAUAUCUCAACAUAUCUACAAACCAGGACUUGCUUGGGCAAGCAAGGCAUGGUUGACAACGUAACUUGUCCCCAACCUUAUGAUCUCAAGGGAAAGAACAAGAACCCAUAUUUGUACAAUGGUAGAACCGGCUCAUUUGCUCCUUCCCAAGACACAACACCACAGUUCAUUGUAACUUGUUUUGUUGUUUUAAACAUGUUUUCCCUUUCGUAAG